AUGUCAGGAUUCGAAAAUGAUAUCUCAAUCGGAGCUGCAAUGACACAAAAUCAGUCAUCACAAGGAGGAGGAUUCAGCCUUCAGAUGUUCGGAAAACCAACAAUCGUGCUUGCUCAUCUUUCAUUCAAAGCGGCGUCGUUGUUCUUCUACUUCUUUGCAAACUUCUUCACUGAUUCUUUUAUCAUCCAGUUCUUAGUUAUUCUUUCACUUCUUUCAAUGGAUUUUUGGACUGUGAAAAACAUCACCGGACGUCUUCUGGUUGGUCUCCGAUGGUGGAAUUUUGUUGAUGCCGACGGAAACAAUCACUGGAAGUUCGAGAGUGCGAAAGACAUGACUCGUUUUCCAGCCAUUGACCGACGAGUUUUCUGGCUAGGAUUGGUUGUAGGACCAGCUGCAUGGACCUUUUUUGUCGUCACUGCGUUUUUGACACUCAAGUUCGAAUGGAUGAUUGUAGCUCUUCUUGGAGCUCUUAUGAAUCUAGCCAACCUUUGGGGAUAUUUGCGUUGUCGCUGGAACGACACUGAGCAAAUGACUAGUUAUUUCCAAAAGUGGGCAUUCCUCAAUGUUCUCCGUCGUGCCCAGCAACCACCACAACAGUACCAAAAUCCUGUGUUCAGUGCAUAA